AUGCAUCACAGCCGCAGAAAGUCGGGCAACACCUCCAUGACGGAGAAGACUGUCACAGCUACCGAUCCCUCCCGCUACGGCAAGCGUCCUUCGACUCUCACCAGACGCCAAACUCCCCAGAAGUUGGGCAAGAACCCCAGAGACCGGGAACGGGAACGGGAACAGCAAGACUCGUGGGACGAUGAACGGGAGAGUUUUCCUCAGUUCUGGACUAUGAGCCAACCGCACAUGGGUAACUACCCUUUCUACGCCGCAUGCAACCCCGAGCCUAGAGACAUUGUUCCUCGUGCGUCCCCCUCAAGGCCGAACUCGAUGCACUUCUCGCCGCCCACGACACCAGGUGCCACCACCGGCGCGCAAUACUCGUCCGCCAUCUCCGCGUUGAGGUCACUCAGCAUCCGACCCCCAAGCCCGCCGUCUCCCACAUCGUCGCACGCCAGCAUCUGGCCUUUUACCAAGAGCAGCACCAACAGCCCCAGCACUUCGUACAACCGCGGCAGCAACAGCUUUUUCCCGGCCACGUACGACGGAGGCUACGCAGCGAAUGGCUACGCCUACAACUACAGCUCCAGUGGCAUGGAUCGGCCGCUACCGACGCGGAGACCCACUGGGCCAGGCUACUCAAGGCCGAAAAGCAUUGAGUUGGUAACGCCCAUGGUCGGUCGCUAG